CCCUACUGGGUUCGAAGGAACCCAGCACGCCUGGGUUCGAUGGAACCCAGGCGCGAGUUCCAUGGAACCCAGGCCCUGGGUUCCAUGGAACCCAGGACGCCUGGGUUCGAGGAACCCAGGACGCCUGGGUUCGAACGUUCCUCGAACCCAGGCGCUGGGUUUCGAACCCUGGGUUCGAACGUUCCUCGAACCCAGGCGUCCUGGGUUCGAACGUUCCUCGAACCCAGGCGGCCUGGGUUCGUUCGAACCCAGCACGCCUGGGUUCGAACGUUCCUCGUCCUGGGUUCGAACGUUCCUCGAACCCAGGCGCUGGGUUUCGAACCCAGCGCCUGGGUUUGAGUCGAAGCCGCUGGGUUUUUUCGUUCUGUUUCUUUGUUGGCUUGCAGUCAUGCUUGAAUGGGAUUUAGAGUUUGGUGUGGUUUCUGAUUGCUUGUCAUGCUUGAAUGAGAUUUAGAGUUUGGUGUGGUUUCUGAUUGCUUGAAUUUCCAGAUCUAGUUGAUGUUGAUUGAAGGAAUGUGGUGUUUUUUUCAUUUUUCUUUGCAGAUCUGCUAUACAUUUGUAGAGGAAUUGAUUUUUUGAAUCAGAUUUAUUGAGUUCUAUUAGGGAGGAGGUUUGGGGAAGAAGUAGAUGGUGAUUGGAGUGGUAAUAGAUGAUCGGAGCAAUGAGGGAUGACCGGAGGGAUGACGGGAGGGAUGAUCGGAGAGAUGACCGGAGUAAUGAGGGAUGAUCGGAGUAAUGAAGGAUGACGUGGAUUAGUUAUUUUCCACGUAAUUAAAGAUUUCAAACAAGAAUGGAUUUUGUGGCAACUUAACGUGCCAUCUGUCAUUUCCGUCGACGGAAUGACGAAAUUGGUCCCAAAAAUUGAAGUUCAAGGAUUUUUUUAGUACUUUUUGAAGUUCGAGGGUAGUUUUAGUUCAAAAAUGAAAGUUGAGGGACUGA